AUGGGCGUCCAGGGCAAGGAAGCCGACGAUAGCGAUCCUUCGGUGUGGUCUCGGUCAUCGCUGGAUCGUAGUAGCGAGAAAAAGGCGCGGACAAAGGUGGAUUUCUCGGUGUUGCCCUUGCUGUAUCUGGGCUUCUUCGUCUUCCAACUGGACCGCAUGAAUAUUGCCAGUGCCAUUACGGACGGCUUUGCAACAGACAUCCAUGUCACGCAGUCCACAAUCAACCUAGGAAAUCAGAUUCUGUUUGCUGGGAUUGUGGCGUUUGAAAUCCCAUGCAACAUGGCCCAGCAAAGGGUUGGGCCUCGCAAAUGGCUGGCUGGCCAAAUCUUCGUGUUUGGCCUACUCGCCACAAUGCAAGUGUUCGUGCGAAACCGAGGGUCGUUCCUGGCCCUGAAAAUGCUGCUCGGAGUGGCCGAAGCCGGGUACAUUCCGGGCGCCAUUUACACGCUGUCGACGUGGUACCGAAAAGAGGAACUGGCCACGCGCGUGGCUGUUUUCUUCUUCGGGAUGUUCUCCGGCAAUGCCUUGAAUCCUCUCAUCGCAUCGGGGAUUCUGCAACUGGACGGCUGUCGUGGUCUCAAAGGGUGGCAAUGGCUGUUCCUGAUUGAGGGCCUCUUCACCAUUUCCGUCUUCUUUCUGUUUCUUCUGUUCUUGCCUGGGUCCCCGGCCGUUCCCCGGCCGUUACUGUCCUCGGGCUUGGUGAAGUUCUCUGACUCGGACAAAGAGAUUCUGACUGCGAGAUUGAACAACCCUGAUGAGGGAAACCCCGAAGACAAUCGUGGUGCAAGGAUUUCGCUGCAGAUUGUGUGGAAGACUGUGUCGAACUAUCGUCGCUGGCUACACUUUGUGUCGAGUUUCGCCGUGUUUUCAACGUGGAGCCCGCUGACGACAUACACCCCGUCUAUCAUCAUGUCACUCGGAUUUGACCGGACUGACGCCAAUGCCCUUGCCGCGGUAGGUGCCUUGCUCGCGCUCGCAGUCGUGUUCGGGUUUGCCUAUCUCAGCGACCGGGUCAAGCUGCGCGGAGCUAUAAUAGUUAUGGCCCAGCUUUGUUACCUGAUCACCCUGAUCGUGGCUCUGACGGUCCAGCCGCAUGUGAACAGGUGGUCUCGCUGGGGGCUCUGGACUGCAGUGAACAGCUUUGCAGUGGGCUACCACCCGCUGCACAAUACGUGGGUGCAGGUCAACUGUCGAGACCCGAGGGAGCGAAGUAUCAGCAUUGCCUUAUGGGUUAUGUUUUCGAACAGCGGCUUGGUGGCUGGAGCACAGUACUUCCAAGCGACAGACAAGCCACUCUACGAGAACGGGCUGCGCGUCAUGAUUGCGAUGGUGUCGGUAGGGAUGCUCGCUGCUCUGGCGCAGAUAGGUAUCUAUUUUGUGCACAACAGACGUGUCUCUCAGGGCAAGCAUCGGCCGCGAGACAAAUCUGCGCCUUUCAUGCAUGUGUUCGUCGAGGCCUCGUUCAACACUGCCACCGUGGGCGAUAUCUAA